CAGGUUUUUUUCCGACUAUAUAUAGCUGCUCUUUCUCUCUCGCUCACUCGUCAAGUAGCAGGCUAUACUUUCUAACCCGUAACUGAGCUAUAUUUUUCACCAAUGUCGUCCCCUUGAUGCAGCCACAAGAAACAUGCCACUAGGUUUUGUGGAGCCACCACCGUAUGUGCCACAGUCACACAAUGACCUCUCCGCUGAAGAUGCCGCAUAUAUUGAUAAGGUAUUGGUGCUACCUCCCGACAUCGCGGAGCUGGACAGGGGCGUAUUUCACUGGGAUAUCGACGACUGGGAGAAGAUGGACGCCAAAUCGAGAAUAGACAACUCGGGCUUUGACAGGGUGUUUGAGGUGGCCGGUAUGAAGUGGCAGUUGUGGAUAUACCCACAGGGUCUGUCAGAAAAAGACUUUAUCUCCUUCCGCGUCCGAUCGCUUACUGCCCGAGAAAAACCACAGGACUGGCAGGUCUGUGCAUAUACCCUCCUUGUCGUUGCAAACCAACAUGAUUCAGCGAGCUACACAAGAAGUUCCUGUCGCUGUAGAAUCUCAAACAGUAGUCCUGAUACUGACUACAAAACGUUCCUGACGCGCAACGAGCUGGAGAAGCGGCAGAAGUGUAAGGACAGGCCAUUGCUGGAGAACAACCGCUUUCGCAUUAUUUUCUACGUGCGCAUAGCCGAUGAUCCCACUGGGGUUCUCUGGCACGAUUAUAGAGGCUACAACUCACUGAAGCAGACCGGGUAUAUUGGGCUAGCCACUCUUGACACCUGCCGUUAUCUAAACCCGCUUCUCGAGGUGUUGCUCCAUAUUAAACCUUUGAGAGAUGCAGUCAGCAAGGUAGGCCGUGCUGAGUUUGACACGCAGCAUAUGCUCGCACUUGCGCUCAGCGAGAUAUUCACCAACAUACUUUCUGGCAUGCCACCGAUAAGUGCGAUAAAGGUUUUGAAUACGCUGGAGGCACUCGACAUCAAGCCACCAGCAAAUACAGAACUGGAUUCGUUCACGGGGCAGAUACUGCAGAACAUCACCAGCAGUCUCCGGACCAUCGUGCCAGAGAGCAAUAUUGAUUCGCUGAUAGGUGGCAAAAUCCGCAAGACCUCUCAGCGCCUUCAGACUUCAAAAUCGUCCUCCAGCAUCUUCAGACACUUCCGUGGCCCUGACAUGGUCGUCACCGAGUCUGCCCUUAACCCGAUAAACCUGAAUAUCAUGGGGUUCUCGAACGUGAAGCAGUCAUUGCGCGACUUUGUAAGCCAUCGUGUGGUUUCAAGGACAAAUCACCAGCUCUUCAAGUCGAGCAAGGAAAACGACUGGACUGAGCGCAUAGAAAUCGUCGAAUUGCCGUCGGUUUUGUUUAUGUGUCUGAAGCGGUUUGAUCAGGCUAGUGCCAGCAGUUCCCCGACAAAGCUUGACACUGAAUUCGCAUACGACGAGUCUUUGGACAUGGCCGAGUUUGCUCCUGAGAUUGGUGGCAGCAAUGUGCCAACAAGGUACACUCUGUACGGUGCCUGUGUCCACCAUGGAGCAGCAUCGCAAGGAUACCACUUCUGUAUUCUUCGUCCAACGGUAGACGACAAGUGGUUUGCGUUCGACGACGAUAUCAUUAUUCCUCUCUUGCGCCGACACGCAUUUGACGACUACAAAGCAGUCGACUACGCUUGCUCAUUUGGCGUUGCCGCACGGCAGAGAAAGAUGUAUGAAGCAAAGCGGUUCUCUAAUGCAUACAUGCUCAUCUAUGUUCGCGAUAGCGAGCUCAAGCACAUUCUUGGUCAGGAUGAUAACACUACUCGCUCUGCGCAGUCUGGGUCCAUGCCAAAGAACUAGAUGAAUUUUAUGUACUGCAUUGAUAAAUGAGCCAAGCAGGAGCUAUUUGAAGUGGUCUCUAAUGACAAAGUGAAUGCCAACAGAAUGCACCUCGGCAAUGUCCUCCACCUUCCGACCCUUGGUCUCAGGCCAAAAGAAGAAGCAGAAGACAAAGGUGGCAAUGUUAAACCCUGCAAAGAAUAGGAAUGUAUAGUCGCCUAGCGCUACUUGCAUAGGUGGGAAGAACACGCCGAUGGUGAACGUAAAGGCGUAGCAAAUGACGCCCCCAAUCGCCGACAUCGCCGACAUGGCGUAUGCUGGUGUCAUUUCAGCAGCAGCUACCCAUGGUAGUGGUCCAACGCCGAAGUUGAAAGAGAUAUUGAAUACGAAUACCAUGGCAAUAACUAGGCCGUCGGUUCCCUUGAUAGAUCCAACUGCCAUCAGUAUUGAAGAGA